CCCAAGAGCCACCCGCUCUUCAGCCAGGAGUUCCUGAUCCACAACCACGCGGACAUCGGCUUCUGCCUGGUGCUGUGCGUGCUCAUCGCGCUCAUGUUCGAGGCGACCGCCAAGACUGCCUUCUUAUUCAUCUUACCUCAGUACAACAUUAGUGUGCCUACAGCAGAUGGCGAGCUAGUUCACUACCGCUACGGGCUAAAGGACUUGAUCACCAUCCUCUUCUACGUCUUCAUAGCCAUCAUCCUGCAUGCGGUGGUGCAGGACUACGUCCUGGAUAAAAUCAACAGGCGGCUCCAUCUCUCCAAAGUCAAACACAGCAAGUUCAACGAAUCAGGGCAGCUGGUAGCAUUCCAUCUCACCUCCAUGAUCUGGUGCUUAUAUGUAGUGGUGACGGAAGGAUACUUAUCAGACCCGAGGAGCUGGUGGGAAAAUUACCCUCAUGUUUUUCUCCCGUUCCAAGUGAAGUUUUUCUAUCUUUGCCAGCUAGCAUACUGGCUGCAUGCGCUUCCCGAGCUGUACUUCCAGAAGGUGCGCAAGGAGGAGAUUCCUCGUCAGCUGAAGUACAUCAGCCUCUACCUGCUGCACAUAGCUGCGGCAUACCUCUUAAACCUAACCCGCCUGGGGCUCAUCCUCUUGCUGCUGCAGUACUUUGCUGAAUUCUUCUUCCACGUGGCCCAGCUCUUCUACUUCACGGACGAGAACAACCAGAAGCUGUUUAAUGCCUGGGCCGUGGUGUUCGUGGUCGCCCGGCUCUUCACCCUCACCCUUUCCGUGCUGGUCAUCGGCUUUGGGCUGUCUCGGGUGGAGAAUCAGGUGUUCGAACCUGAGAAGGGAAACUUCAACAGUCUGCUUUUCAGGAUGUUCGUGCUGCUCCUGGUGUGCCUCUUCCAGGCCUUGAUGAUGUGGCACUUCAUCCGCUUCCAGCUGCGGCGCUGGCGGGAAUACUGGAACGAGCAGAGCGCCAGGCAGAGAGCUGCUGCCGCCCUCCCCAAGCAGCAGUCCAAACCCAUCAAAAGGGAGACAGGUUACCACGAAAACGGAGUGGUGAAAGCCGAGAACGGAACCUCCCCGCGCACCAAGAAGCUCAAGUCUCCCUAGGGCCGAAGGCUCUUCUGCCAGGGAGGAAGGCGAGAGACCAGGACUAAGCGCCAGCCCCUCCCUCCACCACCGCAGUGGCUUGGAAACGUUUCCUCUUCCCAUGGUCUCUCCCCUUCCCCCGCCGAACCAUUUGCAAUAAAACCAAAAAAGCCCCGCGUCACACGGCCUGUAGGAGGCAGGCUCAAACCUCCCCCACCCCCCGGUCCGUUUUAUCGUCAAUCAGCGUGCAAUGUUUUCCCCUGUUACAAAUGCACUGUAGAAAGGUUCCAGCCAAAGGAUCCCUUUUUCCUCUGCCCUCUUGGCACUGCUCUACAUCGGUGGGGGGCAGGCAGCUGCUUUAAGGCGCUGCGUGCCCUAGGGCCUUGAGGGUAGAGGUUCGGGGAGCCGUGCUCUUUGUGUGGGGUGCCCUCUUGGCUGCCCAGGGUGGCUGUCGGGGGUGGUGUCCGUGGGUGGGUCCGCCACGCCUGGAGUUCUUGGGAGAAUUGCAGGGCAACCUUGUAGCCAGCCUGCCCAAUGGGAUUUCAGAGGCGCAUCCGUUCUGGAUCAGGCCUGUCGCGUCAGGGCACAGGGAGGCGAUCUCAGAGGUGCUGGGAUUGUGGCAAGUGGCAGCCAUGGUGGUCUGCGGUGAGAGGAAAGCUCUUCCCACGCUGGCGGAUCGGCCCUGGUGGCUUUCGUGGCUAAGCCCAGUUCUGCCCACCUCUCUCUUGGCACCGUGACUGGGCCCUGUCUCUGGCCGGGUAAUUCUUGGUGCCUUACUCACGAUGCUGUCACCCGGCUCAGGCCAAGCUCAGCAGAGGAGGUGUGAGCCCUGAGACCCCACCUCCCCACUAGCAGGUCAGCCCCGGUCCCACGCCUCGCUGCUCCUGCGGGAUGUGCCGCUUUACCUCACCCGACUGCUGGCUGACCCCUGUGGCGCUGUGCGCGGGUAGCACUCAUGCUGCAUGCAGGAGCGCAAACGCCCCGUCACCUGUCAGUAAUGGGGCCUUUCACCUCAGGCCUCAACCCUGCCCUGGGCUGGCCCUGCUCCCUGUAGCCACCAGCUUCUGUCUCUCAGCUUCGCAGGCCUUGUACCUCCUAGGCGACGGGUUAGUUUGGGGAUCCAGCCCCCUGCCUCCCUUCUUGGGCUGGGCGGGAAUAGCAGAGAGCAGCCUGUGGAAGCGGGAGUGCCUCUCACCCGAUCCAUGCUACCCCCCCGCCCCAGCUGGUGGAUGGGAUCGUCUCCGAUCUACCUCAGAGGCUGCCUCUCUCGUACGCCCAGGCUCCCUGGGGACCCCGUGUUGGCUGGAGGAGGAGACGUGGGGGGGAUGGGUCGAGCACCUGAGAGCCCGCUGACUUUGUCCGCUGCCUGGGAACAGCAUCCCCCACCCUCUUCCGAGUGGGUGAAGCCGUCCCACUUGCAUUGCUGUUCCAAUGCGGUCAGGACUGGCAGCAGAGGUAUCCCUCUCUGUGGAAGGUCUCUAUCGCCAGACUUUGCCCUUGGUGUGUUUCGGUGCAGUAAGGUGAUUUAGCGCUUCCUUCCCGCUUCCCUCGCGGCAAAGCUGGCUCGGCUGAUCGGUAGCAUUUCCCUGUGGCUGAGCAUGGAGAGGAGAGGCAGGGAGUCCCAGGGGUGAAGUGUCCUGGAAUCCGGGCCCUUCCUUCCUAGCUGGGGUGAGAGGCACAGGCCAGAAUAACCCAACCAGGAUGUGCCCGGCUUGUGUUGUGCUGCUCUCUGUGAUCUUUUUGGAAGGGACAGUGGCUCUUGCUCGCCUCCUGCCGGUUUGUUUGUUUUUUGAGUGGUGAGAGGAACUGGUGGCUAUGCUGCUUGCACAGAAGUUGAGUCCUCUCUGCACCUGUUCUGUCUCCCCCACUGGUAGCCCGUGCUGGAGAGAGAAAACCUGGAGGCAGCUGGUCAGAUCCUGUUCCUCCCUGUCCCCCAUGAGCUUUGACUGUCAAAUGAGGGUCACUAGCUGGCAUCUCCCAAUGAUCCUCCUCCUGCUCUCCCAAUAUCUCGGAGCAGAGUACCAGGGAACUGCCCCUCCUUAGCCCUGGCUGGAUAGGUGCCUAGCAAAGCCAGCACUUGGGCAGAGGGAGUUCUAUGAUCGGAGGAGCAGCAGGUCAGGUGGGAAAGGAAGAUGAGCCCGGCGAGCGAGACAGCUGAGACAUGAGCUCUUGGCACCUGGGCCUACCAUCCUUCUCCCCGUCCUUGGCCACUCCCAGCCACCACGGGACGGCUGCGCCCGCCAGAGAGGGGCUGCUCCCAGAUCUCUCCAGAGCGAUCGCUGGCAUCGCUCCUCUGACGUCCGUGACUUACUGCAGCCCAGGGGCUGAGCCUCCCCGUUACAAGGAGGCUGAGUAAGAGCCAAAGAAACCAGGGUGCUGAAUGGUUCCUGCCCUGCUCCAGGCAGCCUUUCCUCUGGCACAAGCCUGCCAGGCCGUGAAAGGACUCAGUGUUCUCUGUGUACCAAGUGCCUUACGUUGCAGUAUCGUCUGCGCUCUUCCCUGUGCACUGCCUCGCUGGCUCCGUGCUCUCUCGCGCUGUGUGUGCGAAGGCCCGAUGCGCGUUACCGGUCUGCCCUGGCCUGUGGAGGCGCUGGGAAAAGGGACAGGUCACGAUGAAAGUUACCCCACAUGGUGCCUGCCUUACUGAGUUGCAGAUUAGUUCCUUCCUUACUGGCUAAUCUUCCCCCCACCCCCACUCCCCACCUUUCCUUUUUCUGCCUAGCUCAGUUGGCCCUGCAGUGAAGCCCCACUGGCUGCCGCACCACAGGCCUUGCGUGGGUCAAUUGUCACUCGAAGGACUCUUCCCCUGCUCCUUCCCAGUACAGUAACUCUUGCUCCUCUCUGUUCCGGUGCACGUGCCGCUCCUGAGGCAGCUCUCCUUGCAUUUCCUAGCAAACCAAAAUGUCUUCUCUCUCCUGAAGAACCCCCUUCUGGUAGAGAUGGGUUCUCUUCUUUCCCAGUCUCCAGUGUUAACUCUUUCAUUGCCCAAUCCACGUACGAAGGUGCAGAGGGCCAGGGAAAGGGAAGAUCAACUUCUCAAAGGGGUCCUCUUCUUGGGCCCCAUCUUGCAAAGUGCUGCACAUCUUCUGCAACAGUUUGUGCCCCCCCCCCCAUUGGCUAGAGGGCUGAGGGUACCCAGGAUCAUGCAGAAUUGGAUUCAGUGUUAUAACUACUCCACUCCCUACUGGGUUGUGCAAUAACCCACCUGGAUCACAGUCGCUCCUGUAGGGCUUGCAUCCAUCACCUAACCCUGGGAGGGGGUAGGUCCCUGAGAUGAGGUCAAGUUGUAAGAAUACUUGCAUGGAGCACAGAAUGCCUCCUAACCUGAGCUAGGGCAAAGUCUCUUGAGAAUCAGCAGUUCUCCCUCUCUCCUUAUCCCACAGGGAUCUCAGAGAAGUGGAUGUUGGGGGAGAAUGUAGCAUUUUGCAGAUCAGUAUCUUUUUAAAAGCUUGUUGAAUGACUCUUCCUUGCUCAAUGGGGCAUUAAAGUUUGUAUUUUUGUAGGAUGACUUUUUCCUACCUAUCAUGCACAGGUGUCGUGAAGAAGGAAUAGGUUUCUCCCUGGUUCUUAUAUUAAGUGUAGGAUGGUCUCUCUCCAGAACUAGUCAUGAAGUCUGUAAAUGGGUUGUCUUCAUUCCAGUGGACUGGUUACAGUUCUGUCUGGCUGUGGAGUAGUCCUGUCGAUGGAAUCUACAGCUAGAGCUGGCUUCUGUCUAUAGCAGAUGGUGCCUACAGUUGUCCGACUGCACAGCAAUAAUGGACUCUUUUUGAAACGUUUGAGUGCAUAACAUAUGGCUUGAAUUGGCCAUCUUUAUAUUGACAUUAUAAACUGGGUCGCUCAGUCCCCCUAAGUUGUGUGUUUACUUCUUGCCAGACAGAGGAAAGAACAAAAGACACAAAAUUUGGGUGGGUGCAUGUAUCUGUCUUUUUCACCUGUUUAAAUUCUGUGGACCAAACUUCAACAAAGAAACUCAAGGAAAAUUCUGUUCUUCCAUAUUUAUGCUUUAGUGCAAAUGUUUUCUCUUCCUUUUUCAUGUGUGGUUUUUUAAAUUUGUUUUGGUUGGGAGGGAGGGGUUUGAGUUGGAUUUUUUUUUUUUUUUUGGAUAACCAUUUCAAACUUUUUCUCCCACAUGUUUUUAGUCUUCCCUUAUCGUUUAAAAACUAAACAAUUUUGUAUGGAAUUUUUUUUUUGUUAAAUGGCUUUUGUGAACAAACUUUCAACAAAGAUAUUUUCUGAAAUAACUAAAUAAAAG